CUUCUUGCCUCAGUUCAAAUCCCGACGGGAUUUGAAAAAAGAGAGAGUACGAGUAAUCGUACCAGUAAUGCUUCAAGAGUCACAUUUCGCGCCUAUUAUUAUGUCAACAUAUCAAGCUCAGUAAGUUUAUGAAUGAUUCUAUCCUUCUAGGCUUUUCUCAGUAAAGCUGUCAUUUGAAAAUUCGGCGUGGGAAUUGCUUUUCAACCUCAGACUUGGAAAACAUCGCUGAGGUCGCCCGAUUGAUGAAUCCAGCCACACCGUGCGCCCUUGACCUUGAUAUUCUCACCAGAGGCUUAUUCAGCUAGUUGCAAUAUACUACACCCCAUACUUGCUCAUAUAAUCUCACCUGAUCAUUAUCGGCCGCUGGUGCGUCGUGAACAGGGGUGGCGAGAGGAACUGUCCAGUAUUUUUCCAUCGUUUUUCUCCUCGGAUCCGGUCUUAUUUUUGGGAUCUUCAGCUUAUAUCAGAUGUAUGUUGCCCUCGCAAUUGUUUCUUUGCCCACAUCAUCUUGCCCUCUUGAAAAUGAUGGAUUUCAGCUGGCCAAUACAAGAGACACUCAGUGGUUUAUCAUCCAUGGACCUCGUUGACUCAAAACUCGAUAGGGCGCGAACCAGUAAUGAAAACAUUCCAAAAUCAAUGGCAAAACCUGCCAGAAAGAAGUUUGCGGUGCCGCCCGUAAAACUCGCUUGCCUAGAGUGUCGCGCGUCUAGAACUCGAUGCGACGGGAAGACUGAGUGCACAAGCGUUAGUGAAACAUCCUCCUUUCUUUCAUUAAAAUUCUGAUUUUCUCCACAGUGCACAGCGAAGGGGAAAAGUUGCAUUUACACACAAAGUCGACGUGGCGGUUCCCGGAUUCGCAAACGGGGAGGAUCGUCAUCCGUGAGAGACCUAAAAGAUGUGAAUCUACUGGACAACAGCAAUUUCAAUCAUGUUCCUCUAUCGAUUUUGCCUGAAUCAAAUCAGGGUGAUUUUACUUCUGGCUCGGUUCAGAAGCAACCGAUUACUGACUUUGAUCUUUUAGCCUCGUUUUCAGAGCCGUUAUCGUUGGUUGCCCCAGGGGGUGGGUUAAAGCAGUGUGUUUCCCCAAUUCGUAUUUAGUCGAUGAGUCCAAAGCGCUGACUUGGAGUGUCAGACUUGAUUUUGCUUUUGAAGAUACAGAUUUUAUGUUUGAUUCUAUAUUCAAUACCCAGAUUGAGAACCAUGAUAGCGGAUAUGGAUCGGCUUCAGACCACCCGGCACCCUCUUCCGAGAACGGCCAGCCACCCUCAGCCAUCCGAGUAUAUCGAAGUGAUCAAGACAUGUAUAAUAAUUCGAUCAUUCAAUGUACUUAAAGCUAAUCAACCAAUAGUCUCGGGGCAUAUUAUACCUACAUCCAUCCAUAUUUUCCGGUCUUGCCACCACCAGAGGCCCACCAAGUUUUCGAUAACCCAGAACUAGGCACACGACGAGAACCAGAUGCCUUUUUCAGCAGCCAAAGUUGCCCAAACUUCGAGCCUUCAACCCCAAUAAGUCUGGCGAUAUCAGCUACUCUUACUUUGAUCCCUCACCCAGGCGAUCCAGAUCCUUCGGGGACGAAUUCCGUUCUUCUCCGUCGCGAGCAGGCCCAAGCAUUUGCACAAUCUGCAUUCGAGAGUAUUGAAAUUGAAUCCGAAUUGAUUGAUUCCACCACACAACCAUCCGAAGCUUUGAGCAGCGAGCCGAAUCCUCUCAAUCGAACCUCUUUUCAUCCUCAAAAUCCGAUUGAAAAUGAGAGUAUCAUAGCGUUACUUUUACUUAGUAGUUACGAGUAUGCUCAACGUGGGAACAUAGCAAAAAUGCGGAAUCGAGCUGGCCAGGCUUUAAAUGCUGCGAUUGCUUUGGGUUUACAUUCCAGGAUAGAUGAUGAUGCGUAUUUUGUCGAGGCCAAUCGAAGAGUGUGGUGGAUGACUGUAAGUAUUGGAAACUGUCCGUUUAAGCUGCUUCUAAUGAGGCUUUUAGUAUAUAACUGCUUGCCAAGGGUCUAUUCUUAGUAACUCUGUAAGUUCACCAACGAGAUAUUUUGCAAUUCCCUGAUCUUUCUGAAUUGAAGUCGCUUGUAUAUUAACAUUCCCGCCAGCCUCCACCAGUUCUUCUCUACGACCCUCGCUUCACAACACCCGGUCCCUGCUUCUCAGCAGAUCCACCGGUGAGUUUCCCUAUUUAUUUCCUGCUGCCACAUCAGGCCUAACAAAUUUAAAUAGUCAUGGACAGUCUUCCUAGAAGCACAACAAGUAAUUGUCUCCGCAACCCAAUUCGUAAUCGACCUAGACAUAGCCAUGAAAACGCAAUCCACAACCUCAGCGAUAUGGGAUCGAAUGCUCGAGCUGGAAAGUAUAAUUGAACCCCUGACAUUGAAAGCAGAUACCUGGGCUCUGGAAUCCUCUCCACCACUAUCUCUUGAUUCGUCAGAACUCAAGGUGUCUCAAGCCUUGAGGGGAAUAGCGCGGAUAAAAUUAAACAGGUGCGUAGUGGUGUACACAAGUAGACUAAGAGUGGGAAUGAGAUCUGACAUAAAGAUAAGUGCAAGAAUCAAACUCCACCGCUACUGCGCAUUUCUAGAUAUCCCCAUCUUCACAAAGAAGCACUGCGACCUCCCACCAACACCUUCCAGCCUCCCCUCAAAACCUAUCACAGUAACACCAAAUUGUUCAUGCUCCAGCAGCUUCUCCCAAACCCUCUCACCCCUCUCUCUCAACACCCCAUCCAGCUCAAGCCCACAAACCAUAUCAUCACCUCCAAGCCACCCACUCCUCCCCUUUCCCCCGAACUACUCCGCAAAACUCUGCCUCAAAUCCGCCCUCAACAUCGCUCGUUCCUUUCAAUCGCUACCCUACCCACAGGCCAUCCGACCAAACGAUCCUAUAUCCUUCUUCCUCCCCCCAGGAGAGAAGUUACCGAGGACGAUACCGGUUUUUGCAUGCUGUGCUAUGCAGGCUAGUUAUGCGAUGAUCAUGCUUUGUUUCAAGACUCAAGCUAUGGGGUUUGUUCCUGAAGGGGGAUGUGGUGAUGCGGGGAGAGAAGGAAUGGGGAGUGCGUGUGCAGGUGGGAAUGGAGCGGUGGGGAGGUUGUUGGCGCAGCUUGAGGAGGGGAUAGGGUUGGUGCUUGAGGCGCUUGGGAAUUAUGGGAGGGCUUAUGAGGGGCUUGGGGGGAUGAGAAGUGAGUUUUGUUUUUGUGAUUUAGGUGAGGGGUUUGAGUGUGUUGGUGCUAACUUUUGGAAUAGAUCAGAUACAGGUAGCGGCUGAAUCGGUGAAGGGUAUUACUGUUAGUAAGGAGAUUGUGGGAUAAGAAUCGAAAUACGUGAUCACAUGAGUAUCGGUCUGGUACGUUUCAGACACGGAUUUUGGAGAUAGAAUAUCGUUUGAACAGCCAAACAACAAGUCAAGGAAAUCUGUUUUCCUUGAGUUGAAAUAAUUAGUUUCUAUAUCAUGCCUCACAAACCCUUCCCUGGAGACUUUUAUACAUGGAUUGAAGCCAAGUAGAC